CCAGAAGGUAAUAUUGGUGGCAGUUCUGUUCCUUCGUCAGCCAGGCGCGUGUGUUUGUUUACACAAGAGCCGUUAUCGGCGAGGUUAUCGACGCAGAAUACUGAAUUAAAUGCACUUUGAGUGAAUCUCUCACUGAUAUCCCAUUGAAUCAAAAUGAAGCAUCGAAUCUUGAUCGCGUUUUUCUUCGUAUUUUACGGGGCUACUUCGAGUCGGGGGACCUUCUCUACUCAAAAACCCAAUGCGACUUUAAUAACUAGCACCGUGGCUACAACCUCGGCUAGUCCGACCCCGACUGUCACGGAGAGCAAGGCGGAUCCGGUUGGCAACAGCCCCGUCACUUCGCCGCCCCCGACGACAACAACAUCGGCAAGCUUUAACGCAGUGAACACGACAACGGACGUACCGGAGACGCAAACCCACCCUGAAGAGAAAGUGCAAUAUCCCCCUCUACACCGACUGAUCUCACCCAUCGAAGAAAAGCUGGAAGCUCUUGCCUGCGACUUGCCACUUCUCCCGACCGAGUAUCGCAUCUGGAAGGGAAACGAGACUCACGAACUUUUAUUGCCGAUAACGGUCCCGGCGGAAUGCUCUCAAGCGUCGUUGGGAUCUAAGAAGUUGGGGCAUGGGAAUUCGACUGAACCAACGGUAGUGAAUGCCACUGAAACAUCCACGUCGAAUUGCCCUCAUCCCGAAACGCUAAGUUGGGACGGGUCAAUCGAAAUCCAGAGCGGCGAUGUUCUCUUAGUGAGGAUUGAUGACUCGCAGCUUAUACAGCAUAACGCAAUUAUGAACCAGAGCAAUGACAGUGACCAUAGCAUCGACAGGUUAAUGCACGAACCGACGACGGCCGUUUAUCAAGUGACCAGGACAGGACACGACCAUUGCGAUGUCACCGAAGGAAUUUUACUAGACAUCACUCCCUUAAAAGUGGAUAACCAGAAAGUCGUUACGUUGUACGACAAGGAUUUAACGUUGGGUAUCAAUCUUCUUAUUGUUGUCUCCGAACUGUGGGGAAAUCAGUGUAUUCGAUUGAAAGUCACUGUGAAAUCUGACAACUGCGGGGAGAACGAAGAUUGUUCAGGCAAAGGCAUCUGUUAUUCUAACGUCUCAAUGGAUGGGUACGAGUGCCAAUGUUGUCUUGGUUUUGUCGGUCAGCAUUGCGAGGAGCAGGAUGCUUGUUAUCCGAGCCCUUGUAAAAAUAAUGGAAUCUGUGUGGAUAUUUCUCAAGGGCAUGAAGGAUCGACUUUUCAGUGCUUAUGUCCUUAUGGUUACGCUGGAAAAACGUGCGAGGAACAAACGAACCCUUGUACGUCGAUGCCCUGUCAGAACGGAGCGACGUGCUCUGGGAACGUCACCCAGUUUAAAUGCGACUGCCUUACGGGAUUUUCGGGAAUACUCUGCCAACACAGCCACAACGACUGCGAAUCCUCACCUUGCGUCCACGGGAUAUGCGUCGAUCAAGAGGACGGAUAUAAAUGCUUCUGCCAACCUGGAUUUACUGGGACUCACUGCGAGUACGAAUAUAAUGAAUGCGAGUCGUCUCCAUGUACAAAUGGGGGCACUUGCACCGAUCACGUUGGACGCUUUACAUGUUCUUGUGGGCGCGGGUUUACGGGAAAGAGAUGCCAAAUCAAGGUGGACUUGUGCGAGCCCAACCCUUGUCCCGAGCCCCGUUACUGCGUGGACCAUGGUAAUAACUACUCCUGCGAGUGUCCCAAAGGGUAUUCGGGUCCCGAUUGUUUAAUUCCGUCGCGUGCGGCUUGCAGCACCAAUCCCUGCACCAACGGCGGGACUUGCUGGAGCAACAUGGACUCCUAUUAUUGCGCUUGUAAACCGGGCUACACGGGCAAAACUUGCGAAGAUGAGUUUGUUGUUGAAACAAUAACGAACGUUGAUACAAUCAACAAGGAGAAUGAACUGGAUCUUCAAAUGCCGAUCUCUAUUCAUCUUGAUCAUCUGCAUAAUGUUUAUAUCGCCGCCGGAACGCUAGCCUGUGCUUUUGUCAUCGUGGCACUUAUCGUGACAGUUUGCCACUGCCGGGUGAACAAAACGUAUAAACGUUUUAUUUUGCGGGCGUAUCCGUUGUGGGGAUGCAAGAGGAGACCGUCCCAGCCGUCGACCUCUACCAAUAGCGAAUGGUUCAGCGGGAAGGACAAAGCUCCGACUGCAACUCCCAGCCGCAGUUUACCUUCACUGGAUACGACGGACAUGUACUACACUUUAGAUUUCAGCGAGAGUCAGAGUUCGCCACUGAUCCAAUAAACGAGAGCGCAAUCGGCAUAUACUUGUAGAUUUUGUAAGCCGUUUCAAACAGGUUGAUUUCAAUCAAUUCAAUCACUUCAGUGUUAUUUGUGUUCUUCGUCUAGCUUUUUUGUGUCAUCAUCGCUGCAUUGAUUGUUACCCUGACGCACCAACAAACUUAUUGUCGUUUCUAUUUCUUCGUUCAUAUGUGUACAUAAACUAACCGUAUAACACUACAAGGUAAAGAUAAGAAAACGAAUUUUUGUGAAUCUCAGUUGUUAAAUUCAGUCAAGUCGGUUUACAAAGGAAAAGCUCGAAACCUCCCCUGGCUCGACCUUUUCCAUUCUGUUUUGAAUUGACUUUUUGAACCGGGGCCGAAAAUAGCCCCGCACGAUGUUAUUGUUUAAACAAAAAAUUGCUCAAAGUGCUUUGCAAAAUUUUGAUAGUAGUUGUUGAGCAAUUAUAAAUAUAUACACAAAACAGUAAUUGUUAGAAUUUGAAGUGUGCUCAACAUAGCGUAACGAACAUAUAACUGUAUAUUUGCGCAUGUGGCAAAUAUUCAAAAAGUCAGGUAGCGAAACUACGAAAUCCAGUUGAUGUUUUUCUUUAAAGAUGUGCUUAAAACUGGAUUGCAGCUGAUUCAAGAACCGAAAUUGUGUAAAGUACCCCAGCCUAACGUACCCAUGUGCCAAACGUGUAGAAUGUAUGUAGUAGGUACCAUCUGUAUCUCACUUUAUCGUAUAAAUGGGGCUUUAAAUUAAUCGGAAAAUUGUUACUGUAAAUAAAACUUAUUAUGUAGAUGUUUCUACUUUCCACAGUGCAAUGGCCAUUCCAUCCAUAUAAUCGAUCACUUGUUCAUCACCAAAUUUAUCUGUUUUUAAAAACAUAUGAUAUUGGAAAUUUCUUGUUUCUAAUAAAGUAUGUUCAAAAA